AAAUACGAAAAUGCCUUCCGCCGCGAAUGAUUGAAUUAGGGUUUACUAGUCUCAGGAGGAGGAAGAAGAGGAGGAGCAGCAGCCAGCAGCAACAAUGGUUCUCAAGACCGAGCUUUGUCGUUUCAGUGGCCACAAGAUUUACCCAGGAAGAGGAAUCAGAUUUAUCCGAUCUGACUCUCAGGUGUUCUUGUUCAUCAACUCGAAGUGUAAGCAUUACUUUCAUAAUAAGCUGAAGCCUUCCAAGCUUGCAUGGACUACCAUGUACAGAAAGCAGCACAAGAAGGAUGCAGCUCAAGAGGCUGUGAAGAAGAGGAGACGUGCGACUAAGAAGCCGUACUCGAGGUCUAUUGUUGGUGCUACCUUGGAAGUGAUUCAGAAGAAGAGAGCUGAGAAGCCUGAAGUUCGUGAUGCUGCAAGAGAAGCUGCUCUUCGUGAUAUCAAGGAGAGAAUCAAGAAGACAAAGGAUGAGAAGAAGGCAAAGAAGGCUGAAUUUGCUUCUAAGCAACAGAAGAUUCAGGCUAAGAUCCCCAAGGCUGCUGCCAAGGGAGGUCCUAAGUUGGGAGGUGGUGGUGGCAAACGCUGAAGAACCUAACCAAGAACCAUCUCUCUCUCACUCUGUGUUUUCUGCUAGUGGGGCAACUUUGUUUUAGUUAAUGUUGAUUUCAGAAUAUUUCGCAGAACGUAAACCAUUUUGUUUUUGCCUUUUGUUUCUUGCUUUCUGCAACUCUUAUAAUCUCAGACUUAAGAAAUUUGGUUCCUUUGAACUUUAUUUCACUA